CCUCUCGUCUAUAAAUGUGCACAAUCUACUCCUUGGGUGCACUCACAGUCAGAGCGAGUAGGAGAAAAUUGCGCGGCCUCACGGGAUAUCAAUACUAGACGCGCGUCUUUAUACUUAAAAAAAAAAUCUUAAUAUUUGAAGCAGUUUAAUAUUAUUGUUUAUUUCCUCGCUGUCUACGAUGAAGGCUGUUCCUCCCGUGCACCCCCAGGACUCUUCUUCUCACUCCUCCUCCUCUUCCUCCAGCAAGCUCUCGCUCCACUAUCUGACCAAGCAGAGCCUCACCGUCGCCCGUUCCAGGAUGGAAGAGGACGACCGGCACUGUCUGCAGUACGACAUGAACGACUGCUACAUCCGACUGAAGCGCCUAGUGCCCACUAUUCCGCAGGAUAAGAAAGUCAGCAAAGUGGAAAUCCUCCAGCACGUUAUUGACUAUAUUCUGGACCUCCAGUUGGCCCUGGAGACGCACCCUUCUCUCCACAAACAAGCGCCUCAGCGGACCGGAACGUGCGUCCCUCUCGCGUCCAACCCGGGUCGAACGCCGCUCACAGUGCUCAACAUUGAUCACCAUCAGAUGACAUCAAUUGUCAAAAAGCCAGAGGAUUCAAUUCUAUGCCGCUGAAGAAUAAGCACCGCAUAGGUGUGCAGGCUGCACAGAACCGCUCCAAAGCCAGCAAAGCUUCGCCAGGGACUCACAGCCAACUGGAUGCACAAUCACAAGGGAAUUUGGAAAUACCGGAAGGAAACAAUCUUCAAUAGAAUGACAAUUUUUAUUCCAUUGAGCAUGGAACUAGUAUAAAGAUGUCUCCUCUAUUGUUUGCCCUAAAGUAACCUCAUCCACCUUUUUUUAAAAAUGAGAUUUUAAAGAUAAAAUUACAGUCACCAUUUGGAGACAUUUUUUUUCUUUACCAAAUCGUGAACGAGCAUUACAUGAAAACCUUUUGCGAAUUGUGCUUAAAGAAAAAGUGAGUUUAAAGCUUUACCGAACUGCAAAACUGCUGUAUAUACGUUGGACAUCUAUUGUUUAAAAUAGAUGAUUUGUGUUGAGCAGGAAUGCCUUUCCUGUUAUCAUAUAAUAUUUGAUAUUAUAAAGAAGAACAAUUCAAUUCGAAAAACAAUUAAAAUUGUACAUUGAAGAGAAGCAAAUGUUCUAUGAAAAAAAAAAUAUGUGAAAGAAAUACGCAUAUAUGCUUCACAUAGACUAUUGUAAUUAUAAGAUAUUUUUAUCAAUGGUUUUGUCAGUCGUUUUGUAAAUAUUGUGCUUCCACUUGGAAGUCUUUAGUGUAUGUGGUUUUGUCCUCACAUGAUAUCAGUUCACUUUGCAAUGUUUUGGGCUAGUUGAAUAUGUAGCAUGUCAGGCUCAUUGCAGAGAUUUCAAAUGUGCACUGAAGCAAGCCUCCCUGUGUAGAUAAGUUUUUAUUUGCUCAACUUUCCCUUGUUGGUUUUAUACUCACUAUCUAUGACACUUGACCCAUUUGGUCCAAUAAGUCACUCGAAAUUUGGCUACUGUAUGUUUUUUUUUUUUUUUCAAUCAGUUUUUUUUUCUAUAGGAAA